GAUAUACCAGACACGGUGAGAAUUUAUGUUGGCGCUAUUCCUAGAGUAGAUAUAGCUUAUCUUCCAACACUAUCAUUUCAAAGGUCCAGACGUGGUACACGCACAGAAAAGAGAAUGAGAGGCAUAACACUCUCAGAGAGUGUUUUGGGGGUAAAUUCACUGCCUUCAUGUGCUAGACCUCGCAAACCAUUCACCUGUUGUUACUUGUUUUCUUUCAGUUCAUGCUCCAAGAAGCAGAAUUCCAAGCUUUCUAGUCCAAACCCAAGUCUCAUUGUCUCCAGGUAUUCAACCCAAUGUUCUGCGAAACCUGGAUACUUUUUACAAAGAACCACCAGAAGUUCAGAUGGCCUGGAUUUAAGGUGUCUUGACUACAAGACCUGCAGAGUGAAUACAGAAUCAAUGCCUGUGAUGGAUGAUUGCUGCGCUUCAUACAAAUCACUUGUAAAGAAUAAUUCAAGAAGGGAAUGUUUCAUAGCUACUGAUAUCCCUGCUUCUGAUCAUUCAUUUGGUGGUAUUAUGAAGUUUUUGCUGAUGUUUGGGUUUCUUACACUUCAAGGCUCACAACCAGCAGUUGCUGCUUCAGAUAUUGCUAGUGGGUUGCAGUCAAUACCUUUUUUGGGGGACCUUGGUGAUAUUAGCACAGGUUUUGCUUCAGCAUUCUUGCUCAUCUUUUUCUCAGAACUAGGGGACAAGACCUUCUUUAUCGCGGCACUUCUAGCAGCUAGGAACUCUGCUGCUGUUGUUUUUAUUGGGACUUAUGGGGCACUUGCGGCAAUGACCAUCAUAUCUGUUUUUCUUGGACGGACAUUUCACUAUGUCGAUGAAAUCCUACCAUUCAGGUUUGGCGAAACCGAUUUGCCUGUGGAUGACAUUGCUGCAGUUUUCCUUUUGGUGUAUUUUGGUGUUUCAACCUUGCUUGAUGCCACCUCAAGUGAUAGUCCAAAAGCAGAAGAUGAACAAAAGGAGGCAGAAUUAGCAGUUUCAAAAUUUUCAGGAAAUGGUGCUGGGAUAUUGUCUGUUGCUAACACUGUUAUUAGCACUUUCUUCUUAGUUUUUGUUGCUGAAUGGGGUGACAAGUCAUUUUUCUCCACAAUAGCACUAGCUGCAGCAUCUUCACCCCUUGGAGUCAUUGCAGGAGCACUAGCUGGUCACGGUGUUGCAACCUUGCUUGCUGUUUUGGGAGGUUCUAUACUAGGGACAUUGUUGUCAGAGAAGGCCAUUGCCUACAUUGGAGGUGUUCUUUUUCUCGUCUUCGCUGCAGUAACAUUGAUUGAGAUAGUGAGUUAGAAAUUAAUAUAUAUAUAUAUAUAUAUAUAGAAUUUGUACAUUUCUAUAAACUUGUGUAGAAAGGCAAUUCCUUUCAUUUCCACUCAUGCAAGAACUAUUUUUAGCGUUUUCAUUAUUGUACUUAAUUGGAGAUAAUGAUUCUAUUAGUGACCAUCUUCAUGGAUUAGUUGUAAACCAAGUUGAAUCCAGCUAAAAGGUUAACACAGCUUGCAUUGUUGAAGAAAAAUUCAUUGUAUUUUGGAA